AUAACUUAUGGAGUGACAAAAACCUUGCUCUAGAUCAAUAUCGAAAUGAUAAUUGAGAGGGCCACCCUCCUGCCUUAUCUCCUGUAAACCGGUUGGAUUCUGAAUGUCAGCAGAAGCAGGUGGAAUCAUGCCCCCAUUUACAGGAUGCACUGAUACUGCUGGUCAUGGGUUAAACUGUUUUAUAUAUUAGUGUUUUUAGCUUUUUGCUUUUAUAUAUAUUUUUGCUUCAUCCAUAAACCAUGGAGGGCAAAGCCAAGCACGGUAUGGCGCUGCUGGAGCAGCUGCAGAUGAUGCGUGAAACAGACGCGCUGACAGACGUGGUUCUGGUGGCAGAGGGGGUGCGCUUUCCCUGUCACCGCGUCGUUCUGUCUGCCUUCAGCGCUUACUUCAGAGCCAUGUUCACCUGCGGCCUUCGAGAGUGUCACAGCAGGGAGGUGCUGCUGCAGGACACUGCUGCACAGAGCCUGGGGCUCAUCAUCGACUACAUGUACCGCUCCGAGCUGCAGCUGUCCAACGCCAAUGUGCAGGGCAUCUACCACACCGCCUUCCUUCUGCAGGUCGAGGAGGUCUCUCAGCUGUGCCACAGGCACAUGAUAGACAACAUGGACCCUUCCAACUGCCUGGGCUUGUACUUCUACGCACAGGACCUGGGUGCUGACGAUUUGGCGGGACAGGCCCAGCAGUACCUGUGCCGACACUUUGCCGAGGUGUGCCUGAACCAGGAGGUGCUGGAGCUGGACUGUCAGCAGUUGAUGGCGCUCAUCAGCUCCGAUGACCUGAACGUGUGGCGUGAGGAGAGCGUCCUGGAGGUGGCGCUGCGCUGGGUGGGUCACCGGCCGGCGGAGCGCAAGGCGCGGGCUCCGGAGCUGCUGCAGUGCGUGCGCCUGGCCCUGGUGGACCCCGCCUUCCUGAGGCAGGCCCGGCGGAGGAACACAGCGCUGCUCUGCAACUCCGAGUGCUUCAACAUGAUCGACGUGGCGCUGCGGUCGUCGCACAAGGCCUGCGGCUCCGCGCUCCGCUACGGCAUGGAGACCACCCGCCUGCUGCUCUGCAUCAGCAGCACCGGCCAGGCCAGCCAGGCCCAGCACCCCGGCGCCGCCGCGCGUAGCUUCUGCUACGCCCCCUCCACCGGACGCUCCUACUUCAUGGCCUCGCCCAGUUCUGGAGAGCCGCUGGGCUGCGUCUCCGCUGGAGUCGUCACUGAGGACAACGACAUCGUGGUAGCAGGGGAAGUGGCCGACCGCAGGAGGUCCCCCCAGAAGGUCAUGAGCAUCGACUUUUACAGGUAUGAGCAGUCCUCUCCGGGCUGUUGGGUAAAGCUGUGCUCGGCCCAGUACAGGGACAUGUAUGCCCUGGGGGUGCUGGGAGACACGCUGUACCUGCUGGGUGGUCAGAUGAAGCUGAAGAAGCAGUACUCCAUCACUGGCUGUGUGGAGCGCAGGAGCAUGCAGGGGGGCCCCUGGCAGAGCUCUGCCCCCAUUCCCAUCCCUCUGGCCUGCCACUGCACCGUCAGUCUCCACAGCAGCCUUUAUGUUCUGGGAGGCUGGACCCCGCAGUUAGCCAGGCCAGAUGACGAGCCCGACUGCUUGAGCAACCGCCUGUAUCGGUUUGACCCCGGCAGGAACCAGUGGACUGAACGCAGCUGCAUGAGGUUCUCCCGCUACCGCUGCAGCACAGCGGUGCUCAACGGGGAGAUCUAUGUCAUGGGAGGCAUUGGGUGCGAGGGUGAAGAUCACGGGCAGUCUCGGCAUUGCCUGAGUUCUGUAGAGAUUUACAACCCAGUGGAAGAUGUUUGGAGGGAAGGUCCACCACUGCCUUGGCCCAUGGUCUCACUUCGUACCAAUGCCUCUAAUGCUGGCGUGGUGGAGGGGAAGCUCUAUGUAUGUGGAUCCUACACAGGAGCAGAUAGGCACGAGGUCAUCACUAAAGACAUCCUGGAACUUGACCCCUGGCUCAACCAAUGGACUGUAGUUGCGCGACAUACCCUGAUGCAUGACGCUUAUGAUGUUUGCUUGGUUGCCAGUCUUAACCCUCGUGACCUCCUGGCCCCCCCAUCCCCUGAGGGGUGAAUUUGUGUCGAGUCAUGCCCAGGCCACCUGGAGCAAGAGAAUAAAUGAUCUGCUGGAUCAGUACAGUGUAUUUUGAUGUUGAGGACUGUGUGUGUCACGAUAGUUCGCAAUUUGCAACAUAUUGCAUUGCCUUAAAUCAGGUUGGCCCAAGCCUGAUCUAUGUCUAGUUUACUUUGACCAUAAGAAAGCACACCACAUUCUAACAACUAGAGAUGUUUAGUUUCUAUUUAGUAGAAUCAACCAAAUUAGGGUUAAAUUAGGGUUGAACUGAAAAUAUAUAGGACAGUAGAUCUCCAGGAACAGGGUUACCCUGAAUUACCAUUUUGGAUAAUUUGCUGUGUAAAAAUGACCAUAUGGGAGAUAGCUGCACAGAAGUGGGGCUGUUGUGAAUGUAACCCUUUGUAGUCAGGAAUAGUAGCAUUCAGGUGUUGCUCUUUGCCUAAGCUUUGUGGUGGAGAACAAAUCUUUUUUCUCUUCUCCCACCACUUAGAAAUUAAAAGUUUGUUGAUACCAAUACUUCCCUGAGACCUACCUCUGAGAGUAUUCUAAUCCAUGACCAUUAUAUUCCCAUGGAUUUAAAAUAUAACGGUCUCCAGAAUGGGGUUUCAAAGUAAUUUGUGUGUACUCUCUGUUUUUUUUGUUCUGUAUUUUGUUGCAAAUCAAGACUGUAUAAUGUUUUUUGUGUAAGACUAUCUUUGAUGCGGAGGCAACCAUGUUUUCCUGCUUUUCCUCUCUUCCUCUUAAGUCUCCCACAGGUGAGGGCACCUGUUAUUCUUUUCUUCUUGUGUGUACAGACCACAGAAUGCCACAUUCAUGUCUUCACCUUCAAGUGUUCACCUUCAAAGGAAUAGAUGACAGCAGACAUACAGCAUGACCUAAUAGCAGUGUUGGGUGAUACAAAGUUAUAGUUAAGAAAGGUAAAAAAAUAAAAAUAAUUAAAAAUAUAUAAAUAUUACAUAUUGCCUUCAAUUAUAAGUAAUAUGUUUCGUUACUAUAUUACUUUCUAUGGCAAGUAAUGUGUUAUGUUUCUUGUAUGUUACCUAAUCUUAAAUUAAGCACAAAGGGAUUAGGCAUAUGAGGCUAA